AUGGCUGCAAAGGAGACGGAACCAUUUGAACCCAAAACUCUGAGCCAAGCAAAAAACGACGCAAGCUGGGUGGACUGGGAAAGAGCCAUGCUUGAGGAAGUGAAUUCACUCCACCAAAAUCACACGUGGGAGCUUGUGGGUCCUCCCAAAGAUCGGCGGGUGCUCAGCGGUAAAUGGGUCUUCAAACUCAAGCGCGGGCCGCAUGGCGAAAUCAUCCGCCACAAAAGCCGAUGGGUAGUGAGAGGAUUCACACAAGAAGAAGGAAUUGACUAUGAUGAAACUUUCGCAUCGGUUGUCAAGCCAAUGAGCUACAAGGCUCUCUUCGCCAUCGGAGCGGCCCUGGACUUGGAGAUUGAACAAAUGGAUGUCAAAACCGCAUUCUUGUACGGAGAUAUCGACCACGAGAUCUACGUCGAACAGCCCCACCACAUGACGAACGGCACGCCAAGGACCCUGACAAACUUCCUUCGCAGCCUUGGCUUCGAGCCAAUCACCGCCGAUCUCGGUAUCUUCGUCCGGAGCAGUGUGUACAUCGCAGUAUACGUUGAUGAUAUCCUGAUCGUGGGUCCGAGUAUCGCUGAGAUCAAGAGGAUCAAGCGGAGCCUGAGAAACCGGUUUCAGAUGACGGACCUGGGGCCAUGCAGCUACUAUCUCGGGGUGUCCAUCCAGCGAGACCGUCAAAACAGGAGACUGCUCCUAAGCCAAGAGGCAUACAUUGACAAUAUCGCUCAUCAACUUGGAAUUGACAACUGCGCCCCCGUCAGUACGCCGAUCGAAACCUCACCACUUCCGGAAAAUAGUCCAGACUACACCUGCACUCCAGAUCAAAGGACGUCUUACCAACGCAUUGUCGGCUCACUAAUGUACAUCAUGCUUGGAACCAGGGGGGACAUCGCCUAUGCGGUCUCUGUCGCUAGCAGAUCUCUCUCAAACCCUGGGCCCCAGCACAUGAAACUGGCCCGUCGCAUCCUGCGGUACCUCAAAGGAACAAAGAACCUCAGACUCACCUACCAAGGUCAGCUUCAGACCCUGAGAGGCUUCACAGAUGCGGAUUGGGGAGGAUGUCGCGCCACGAAACGAUCCACAGCUGGCUAUCUCUUCAACAUUGGAAGCGGGGCAAUCAGUUGGCAAUCGAAACGCCAGGGCGUUGUUGCCCUUUCAACCUGCGAAGCCGAGUUUCUAGGGCAAACGCAAGCCACCAAAGAAGCCGUCUGGCUGAGAAGACUUCUCAAUGAAUUGAAUAUGGAUCAAGGAACAACCGCCACGAUCAUCUGCGGUGAUAACCAGGGUGCCAUCGCUCUUGCUUCAAAUCCACAAUACCACUCCCGCACAAAACAUAUGGAAAUCCAACGCAAAUGGCAGGGAGAGAUCCAAGAUAGCGGAGGAGUGCAGCUUGACUAUGUCCCAACCACAGAACAGAUUGCUGAUGGUUUUACCAAACCUUUGACUCGGCAAAGAUUUGAGUGGUUUCGAAGAGAACUCGGCAUCGAGUAA